CAGCAACUUCGCUGGCUAAUUUCCAGAAACGAUUUCGACGCUAUCUUCCUCACUUUUUGAAUUCAAAUCUUUCGGCUCUUCCAAAAAUUCCCCAGAAUAUGUCACCAUGAUGAGUGCUGUCAACCCGCAAGGAUGGACGUCCCCUCGCCAGUUUCUUCUACUUUGGUCCCUGUGCGCUUGUCUAGUGGUGAACGAAGUGCUGGAAAUGCCAAGGCAUUUCCAGCAGUACCUCAGGGUACCGCAAAGCCAGGAAAUUGAUUUGUCAGAUCUGGAGGCACAGUUUCACACAAAGAGACUUCAAGUGCUGCAGAGGCUAAAGGAAACAGAUCUGCUGGAGUGGGGUGCCUAUGAAGAUUUCAAGCACUAUGUUGACAACUUUCAAGUCUACGUCUUGAACAAGACUGCUGAUCCGUCACCGCCUCUUUCCAUGUUGACGAACUAUACCUACUUUUAUCUCCCAGAUAAAGGAGGAGCCAAUCUUUGUUGGGCUGCCACUUUGUUUCAUACCUAUUAUCAGCAGCCAAGUCCGAGCCCCUUACCACAUAUACUGAUCACAUCACUCAAUCGUGAUUGGGGUGCCUUUUCUGUUUCCAUGUUGCCCGGGGUAUACAUCAUGAAGAGUAAGUAUGAACAGAAUUUGCAAUACAAAAAGAAGAGUUGCUUAGAUAGCAAUGGUACCGAUAUACUAGGAUUGUACUUGAAUCAUCCAGAUACCAAGGCUGUUAUCAGUACCCAAGCGCACGACGUCCAUUAUGAAAAAGCACAUUCCCUAGCAUUGGGAUUGGAAGCUCCUGUUCGCUCCUAUCUCAUUUACGAGACUCUGAAACGACAACAGCCUAGGCAGACACGUCCAGACAUUAUGUACGUCAGCGCUAAGGAAUGGGACUUUCGACAAGGGGCUCUGAAACUUGUGGAAGAAAGGUUUCACGUUUCUAACCAAUACCAGCAGUAUUGGGGAUUUGAUGCGAACAAUCCGCAAGCGUUUCGAAAGACACGGUUACAACGUGUCAGGCAGAGCAUUCGCGAACUCUUUACUAGUAUCCCAAAUCCUCCAAAACAAUAUUACUUAAACAUGAGCCAUUCCAAGUUUGUGUUCUCCCCUGUGGGCUUUGGAAUGGAUUGCUAUCGCAACUGGGAAGCUUUGUAUUUGGGUUCAAUUCCCAUCAUUGAGACCAGAAACCGCACUCAGGACAACUGGUUCCGUGUCUUUGAUGAUCUUCCAGUGGCUCUCAUUGAUCAUUUUGACAACCUUACUCCAGAAUGGCUUGAGGCAGAGUAUGUAAGGAUUCUUGGAGGAAACUAUCGAUGGGAGAAACUUACCAAGCAGUACUGGGUGGAUUUCACAAAGGCAUUCCUGGAUCCAACACAGAGACAACUGUAGCAAACUUGGGCCACCGUAGUCCACAACCUAGACUACCAUAGUAUCUUCAUGUAUAAUAUCACUGACACCUGGAUGGCGCUUCAACUGUAGGCAUGGAUGCAACGCGGGGUAAUGGUGACCAUGUGACACUACCGUGCGGUGUACACGAAAGCGAGCUACCGAAAAACGAUUGCACGGAGGCUAAUGGACCACUCGAACACCAGCACUUCAACGUAUGUUGUGUUAUAGAUUAUUUUAAAUCAUGAAGCCUCUUGCAAUGGAUACAAUACCAGUCUUCUUCCCCCAGGGAACGCAUAGUAGAACC